UUUUCUGCCGUGGAGACAUUUCGGUAGUUCUUUGAGCUGAAAAAAAAUUCAAAGUCCUCGUGUUUCUAAGUUUAAAUUAAGAAAAAUGUCUGAAAACGGUAAUAAUUCUGGAAAUUCUGAAGGCAAUAACGAAAUGGAUGGAAAUUCAUCGAGAGAAAAAGUUCCUCAAGAGCCUGCAAUCGUCUACAAUAAUAUUGACGUGGAAACUGAAUUAGAAAGCCUUGUCAAACUUUUAGAUGGCAAAAUAUACAAGGAAGAAGAAAUCGCAAUGGAAGAACUGCACCAAUAUUUAAUUGAAGAUGACGGUUGCUGGGCACUGAGUGAUAACUUUUUAACUUUUGUUGGUCGUGUAUUAAGAGAUGCAGCAUUUUCUUCAACCACCAGAGUUCAUUUGAUAAGAAUCCUUGCAUAUGCUGCCUUAAAGGAUGAUGUUAUUAUUUUGUUGCACCAAGACAGAAGGGAUCAUACUUUAAUGAACUUUGCAAAUGACUUUGACAAACACAGUCCCGAAGAACAACAAGCAUGGGGAAUAUUUAUAUGUAAUUUGUUUGCUAAUCCUAGCCCAUCUGAAUGGCUGUUAUACAUAUCUGAAUGGGAGAAUAACAACCAAACAUUGUCCAAUAUAAGGAUAACAACAAAAGUGACAGUCCAUUGCGUACUUUCAAGUUGCCCCACUCUGAAAAAUAUUGGAACAUCAAUUUUAUUUAACUUGGCCAUCAAAGAAGUAAAAACUGUGGUUUUCGAUGACGUUGCAGUAGAAGUGGCGAUGGCAAUCCUUCAAUUCUUCACAAGUAGUCCAAAUGAAGAACAAGUGUUUAAAGCCUUAAAAGCUUUGGUCCGAUUUAUGGAAGUUUCAAAUGACGUUGGCCAAUUCAUUCAAAUGAUUGGACCACAUCCAAAAAUGUUUGCAGGAAUGAGUGAACGUGUCGAUGAGCUGGUGAAUUUUGUAACAUCAAAAGUUCCUGUUUAGUCAAACACAAUAUCAAAAAGUUUUCUGAUUGAUGAUUUGCUACUGUUUAUGGGAUUUUUCUAUGGUUAUUGAAAAAUACUUAUAAUAAAUAAUGAUAAAGAGAUUAAUUUAAAUGAAAACUAAUGCCCAUUAUAUCCUUAUUUAGGAUUUUUUUUACCAAAAUUGUUAGUAUCUAGACAAACGAAAACUAAUUUAAAUAAUAAAUUAAAAACAGAUAGAAGACCUCA